UAUGCUGUCAGCACUGUGACAUCUUACAGCCCACUGUGUCCACAGAGAGCUCCCAUGCAGAGGAACGCCAGCUUUGCCUUUUGGAGAAGCCUCACGCAAGCAAAAACCUUAGCUCCUUCAAUUUAACCCCGCACUGAAGUAAAAUUAACCUAAAACUCUGCACCUUCACUACCAGCCUUGAACUCAAAGGGAAGCGAAGGCGCGCACGUUUCCCGCGCAUGCGCCCUGCCCCUCAAAGGCCGGAAGCCGCGUGGGGUGCGGUAAUGGCGGAGCAGCAGGAGGUGGUGGUGCGGCUACAGACCCUGACGGUGGAGCCCGGCUCUGCCGGCGAGGCGCCGUCCGCUGAGGGGGAGCCGUCCGCUGAGGGGGAGCCGUCCGCUGAGGGGGAGCCGUCCGCUGAGGGGGAGCCGUCCGCUGAGGGAGCGCGCCCUCGCACGCCGCCGCCCGCAGAGGCUCGCAGCGAGCCGCACGCCGCCGCCUCGGACUCAGAGAGUGAUACGGAUUCGGAUAGUUCGUCAACUACGUCGUCCUCUUCGUGCUCUCCUUCGGCAGUGUCUGAUGAUGAUGAUCAUCCAAACGAGAAGGAUAACAGAACGUGCUGCGUUAGAACAAAAGAUGAGUUGCCCCUUGAUGAACUGCCUCCUGUUGAAGAUUUAACCGUAAUUCUGCCUGAUAAUGUUGAACUGAAGCCUUUUGGGACAGUUUCCAGUAUCAUUGAGCAGCUAGUAAUAAUUGAAUCUCUGAGAGGCCUACCUCCAAUAAAUGAGGAAAGCAUAAUUUUUAAAGAAGAUCGACAAGCAGCAGGAAAGGUGUUUGAGGUGUUUGGUCCUGUUCAACAUCCCUUUUAUGUGUUAAGGUUUAACAGUGCUGAACAUAUUAAAGCAAAAGGUAUUAAUGUGCAAGACAGCAUGUACUUUGCUCCAUCAGUGGAGGACUUCACCCAGUACAUAUUUGCAGAGAAACUACAACAGGAAAAAGGGUCGGAUGCAUCUUGGAAGAAUGACCAAGAACCACCACCUGAGGCUUUGGACUUCAGUGAUGAUGAAAAAGAAAGAGAGGCAAAACAAAAGAAAAAGAAGCCACCGAGUCAAGGAAGGAAGAAAGUCAAAACAGAUACAAAUGCAUCAAGUGAGUAUAAAGGACUUCAUCAAUCAAUGCAACAGCCUGCUUCAAGUUAUUCAAGAGGAUACCAUGGCAAAAGAUUCUCUGGGGAUCCAUUUCUUCCUCCAUUAGGACCCCCAGGAUUUCCUAGACCACCACAUCCGUACCAUUCAGACAGCAGGAUACAUCAGGAGUCUCCAGUGUUUCCACAGCCUCAUAGAAAAGAACAUCAUCUGAUGCAACAGUAUCCCUUUCCUCCUCCAGGUUUUGGUUCCAUUAAUGAGAUGCAUCAGUUUCACCUUCCGCCUUCAAAUCCAAAUAUGAUUUGCACAGACCCAAACAUGUACAACUUGUAUCCAUUUUUGCCAGUUCCUCUACCUCCUCCAGAUGGCCGACCUUCUCAGUUCAGACCUUACUAAGUUUCUAUAAAUGUGUAUAGAAUGUUGCAGUUUAAGGGAAGGAAGAACAGGCUGCCUGGGCCAUAUUUGCUUAUUUUGGAGAUGGGUUUUUUUUUUUUUUUCCUGCAAGAAUGAAACAAAAGCAGAGUUUAAUACUUUGUGGGAUGUCCACAAAAUAUAUUUUUCUAUGUUCUUUUUGUUUCAAAGAAGAAAACUGUAUGGUAAAAAAUAAUUGAUUAUCGAGUAAUGGUUUAUUUUUAUAACUUUACCAACUUAGCAUGCUAACUAAUAAAAAUUUUUUGGAGACUGCUAUGUAGUGGUUGCAAUCUGUUCAGUAAUAAAUAGAAUUUUAUGUAACUACUGUUUUGUGGUAAUCAGGGGUGUUAUAGUUGUUCUUAAUAGCAUAGCAGUAUAACUGGUCUAAGGCUAAACUCUCCUUUAUUUUUGGCAAAUUUUAAAGUUAUUUGUAAGGAAAAUAAAAAUCCAGAUUUACCUCCUUUUAUCCUUUUAAUUCAGAUUUACCUCUGUUAAUGUAAUUAUAAAUGCCUGCUAUUCAACUUCUGACACCUUGUUAAUUUCAUGUUAACUGAAAGAAUGGAGCUGGGUUGUCUGUUUUAAUUAGCUAGAGUAGCUAGAUCAGAGUUUGAACCAGCCACUAAAUUACUUGGUCAGAUCUAGUAUCCUACAGUAGCUAUAAGGACAACACUGAAACGUAUUGACUAAGAUACUUUGAAAUGAAUAUUAGGAUGUAACUGCAUAGAGUGGGAAAAUUAAAGGCCAUGGUAAUUUCUGUAGGUUAUUUUUAUGCCUAGUGCAGAAAUGCCCAUGGAUGCAUAUAAGCUUUUGUCAGCCUUUCUAAGAAGAAAUCAUCAGACCUUAGAGAGACAGUAUGUCAUUUCAGAACGUCAUUGAUUGUGUUUUGGACACAAAAGGCAUGUGGCAGUGGAUUGAGUAGGUUUUUUCAGCUUGCUUCUGGGCGGGGGUAGAAUUGUCAACCAAAGGCAACUUGGAACAAGCUCUUCCUGGCCAGAGUUGCAAUUCUGCAGUUGCAAUUUCUUAGUCUCCAAGGAAGUGGCUUUGACUGAUUGACUAGAAUAGAAAACUUCACUGUGUAUAAUGGGGGUGACAGGGUCUUAAAGGUGGCUUUUUUCACAUUGAAAAUAUCAUUAAUAGUUACAUAAUUGAACAGAGUGCUUAGACUUGUGCAGCGAGUAUUUGUUAUUCUCAGACUCACUGGCCUCAUUAGGUUCUUUGGAUAAAUAUUUAAAGGCUAAUUAAGCUCUGCAGGUAUUGUAUUUUAUCUCUAAUUUCAAAUAAGAAUGAAGCAAAACCUGAACAUGUAGAUGAGGUACUGUCAUGUAAAGAGGCUGUUAAAUAUGGAAUUUAAUUCUAAUUCAUAAUUUCUUUUAUACACUGAAAUCGGUUCUCUAAAAUUUGUUUCAUAGGCCUUCAACUGGGAAGGCUGCAUAGAUCUCAUACAUGAUUGAUAGUAAACAGAAAGAAAGAUCUAUAUAUACAGCAGCACCAAAUUCUGUUUCAGAACAUUUGGUAGUUUUGCUCUUGCAGUUUUUUUUUGUUUUAUUUAUUGUAAAUGCAUACAUUUUGUGAGGGAUGGAGGAGGUGAAUUUCUGUCUAAGUUGAAUUGCUGUUAGGAGCGAUGGGUGUUAAGCCUUGUAUUCAGUUCUCAAUAUAGCUGCAGGUUACAUCAGGUUUGGUUUAUUUGAGAUUGAAUUAACUCAGCUGGAGUUUUCUUUUUACUUUGUUUAGCUGUAAAAGCAAAUUGUUAAUGGAUAGAAAUAAUGUUUUGUGUACUCUUAAUUGUACUGUAUCACAUAGUUUUAGUGUAGCUAGUAGCAACAAGUAUUUAUUUUGGGUAGAAUGGGGUAUUUAUACUAAUGGAGUACAGUGCUGGUGUUCUGGGAGGGGCCUUGAGAUGUGGUCUUGCAGAAUGCAGUAUUGAGGAGUACAUAAGGUAUCAAUAGAGAGCACAGGCUGGCAGUGGAAGGCCAUGGAUUGCAAACUGCUCUUGAGGCAGUACGCUCUUGGCUCUGGACAAAAUCAGUUUGGAAGAGAACAAACAAAUAUAACAGGAAAUGCACCACGUAAAGCAAAAUUACAUCUUUGUGUAUGUGCAGACAGAUGAGAAAAGAACAAUGUGUUACAACUGUGUGAGCAAAUUUGGAAGUGAUUCCAAGUGGAUGGUAAAUUGAAGAAGCCUUCAUCAUCAUAUUUAGUCUUGGGAUGUUGACGACUUGCUCUAUACCAUUGGCCAAAACCAUCUGUGAGCCUUAAGAGCUAAUGAAGCAGUUGAGGAAAUGUAAGGUCAGGAAAAGGAGUGAGACAGUAGAAAGUAUAUGUGCAUUAAUAUUAAUUAUUACUACUAUUAAGAUUUUUUUAACACAUAGUACUGUUCAUUUCUUUAUUUUUUUUCUGCAGUAAUUUGAUUUGGACUAAGAAUUUAAGCUGCUCAGAUUUCAGUUACAUGAAGUUUAUCCCGUUUCUCAAAAAGAUUUUGCAUGCAAAAAUACAUGCAUGUAUAAAUAGGUUACACAGUGUAAUAGAGCUUUGUUAUGGUUUAAGCUCAGUUUUUAAUGCUUGGGUAUCAUCUGCAGUAGUAUUUUUGUGUAUGCAUGUGUAGUUUUUGUUGAAACAAAUUUUAUGGGUGUUCUGUCACACUGCAGGACCUUUGCUUGGAGUUCACUUUAGUUUGUUGUGAUAAAAUUAUUUGAGAGCCAGGUAGUGUUGCUGAGUUUGAAAUAUAUAAUGAAAUAGGAUGAAAUACUUUUUUGUAUCUAACCAAAUCUUUUUUUUUUUUUUUCUUUUCUAUAAAGCUGUAAUGCUUGUAUGCUACUACAUUUAAUAUUUCUAUUACAGACACACGAAGACAGAAAGGUUUAAAAUGUUUUCCUUCUGGCUAUUGAUGGCAUCCAGUCCUGAUGCCUAUUAGGAACUCACUGUGGUUUGUUUUCAUUCAGUAAGUUAGUUGGGAAGUUUAUGUUUUGGUUUUUUUUUUUUUUUGCAGUUUUGUUUUGUAGCUUCUCCUUCUGAAAGGUGAGUGGAGCAUUGUCAACAUCAGAGAAGUUUUUAGUCUUGGGCAGAGUUUCAUUAGGUGCUGAAAGUAGUCAGUAGCUCAGUGACUGUUGGGCUUUGGGCUGUGAGGGGUCGGAUACAAGUCAUUAAGUAAUGAUUUUUAGCAGUCCAGUAGUUUUGUUUUCUGUUCUAAUACCUGUUCAGAUUUAGCUGCAAUAGAGUUGUGCCACUUCUGUACAUUUUUUGUUAUUCCUUCACAGGGUUUAAUGUUUCUUCGUGGGCUUCACUUUGUAGAAAAGGCUUAAAGCAUGGAUUGAAUGAAGAGCAGUAAAGCAGAGAGUCAAGAAAAAGCAGAGGCUUAGGGAGGAAGUUGGAUGCAAUUACUGAAAAGGUUGAGAUUUAUAAAUAUGAGUAUGGGUGUGGUAAACGACUGUACUGUAUAAAUGACUGUAACUAUGGUAACAUGGGAAAAUGAGAAAUGAAAUCACAUAGCUGAUGACAUUGCUCUUUAAGUUGGAAAUCAACAUCGGUGUUUUGCUGGCUGUUAAAUCCAGUUUGAUCAAGAGCUGGUGGAAAAGGGUCAGGCUUUUGCUGGAGGAGCAAAGGGAAAAAAAACCAACAAAUUCUUUGAAGGAAAGUAUUGAAAGGUGCUGGGGGUUGGGGGAGAGCUCACUGCCAUUGGUUGCUCAGAGAGGUGGAUGACAUUCCAAGAGGUCUUCACAAGCUGGCUUUGGGCAAGUGUCCAAUGCAGCCUCCCUUGCAGCAAAGAGCUGAAUCAGAGGCUACUGAGAUGGCCCUUUCAACCUAAGUUGUUCUUGCUACAAUUGUUCUUCUGGCAUUCUGUCCUCUUACUAGAGACUUCUGUCCAUAAAUACUAAAAGGCAUGAGUAGUCCAACCUGAAUAUCUGGUGUUUAGGAAAGCUGGCUUUUCAUCUGUACUGUUUCAUUAUCCUGCAGAUACUUAUAUCUAAAACAUCCAUGCUGUGCUGAAAGUUGGACUUGCUGUGGAAGAUAAUGACUGCUAUUUCACUGGAUGUAAGCUGAUUUGAAGAAUUGUUUCUUUAUUAGUUGUUUGGGAACUAAUGCUAAUGAAAGUCUCAGUUGCUGUCAUUUUCUCUUAGGGGGUAAAACAUUUUGUACUGUGCGAUUUAUUUUGAGAAUGGUGUAAUGAAUAACAGUACCUAAAAUGUUUUAUUUUAAACAAAAAAGAGAAUUAUUUUUUAACAAGUAUUCUCUAAUUCAGGGAUGUUUGCCAGAGGGAAGACCUUUCAA